GGUGGGUGUGUUAUUUGUAGAGUAGCGUGUUGGCAGAGUUUGUGAGAUUGUUGAACGUUCUGGUAAACUUCAACGCAACGAGAUGGAAGGAAAUGUCGCUAGAGCUGCGUAUUAUUACGAGUGGGAGGAGGUUCGACGACUGGUGGAACAAGGAGGGAACGUGAAUGAUGUGUAUGGUACAUUGUACAGAAGAACAGCUCUACACUUUGCUGCCUUGCAUGGAAAUCCAGAUAUUUGUUCGUUGUUGCUGUCACGAGGGGCGAACGUCAGUCAGACAGACAAGAAUGGAGAUACGCCGCUUCAUUUCGCUGCUUAUUAUCAUCGUGUCGGUAUCUGUCAACUGUUCGUUGAUCACAAAGCAGACGUUACUUCUGUCAACAAUAAAGGUAAAACUCCUCUUCACAGAGCUGUUAGUUGUUACUGGGGUGGCUCUGGCAAUGUGUGUCCUCUACUGAUAACAAAUGAGACUGUGAAUGUAGCAGAUCCUCAUGGUAACCGCGCUUUACACAUAGCAGCUAGAAAUGAUAACAUUUACACUGUCCAGCUGUUAGUGGAUUGUGGAGCAGAUAAAGACUGUCCUGAAUUUUGUUCUAUUUUACUAAAACAUAAUGCCAAGAUUGAUGCAGUGGAUAAAGAUGGAAACCAACCACUACACUUGGCAUGUGAGACUGCUGUAACAUCAACAGUUCAACAUCUGUUGGAUUGCAAUGCUGAUGUGCUUGCUACAAAUAAUUUUCAUCAAACUGCUCUUCAUAAGGCAGCUUGUAGCAAGAGAGAUUGCCCUGAGGUUUGUUUGAUGCUCAUAGCAAAGGGAGCUCAAGUGAAUGCUACAGAUGGCAGUGGAGACACAUCUCUACAUGUUGCAUUUCAGAAAGGAAAGAUGAACACAGUUGAUGUGUUAGUUGAAAAUGAUGGUGAUUGCAAUGUAGUGAAUGUGUGUGGCGAGACAUUACUGCACUUGGCUUGUAAGAGUCGUGUUGAAUGUGUUGAGUUGUGUGAUAAGUUGAUAUCACAUGGAGUGAACCCUCAUAUAGCUGACAGAGAAGGAAACUUACCUUUACGUGUUGCUUUCAAGAACGGACUUGCUAAGACAUUUAGCCGGCUAUUUGAACAGUUGGGUUAUUCUACAUUAAAUGACUUAGAAAAGGUGAAUAUUGGUAAAGAGCUUGUAGCCAAUUUAGAUAGUGCCAAUGAAGCUGGUGACACUCGUUCGUGUCAUUACAUUUUAGAACUAAUUGCUAAGUUAGACACUUCAAAUAGAUUUAUUUUGAGUGCAUUAGACUGCCGUUCCAGAUCAGGUUACUUGCUCCUUCACACAGCAAUUCAAAAGCAGGACUUUACUUUGAGUCAGUAUUUGAUUGAUCAUGGAGCAUCUGUAAAUGCUGAGGUUGUACCUUACAAAAAUCAUGGCCGUAGGUGUAAUGAACAUCCUCUACAUCUGGCAGUGAAAUUGGGAUGCAUUGAUUUGUGUCGUUUGCUGAUAGAGCAUGGUGCUCGUGUUGAUGCUGAGAUGAAGGGAGGGAGAACUGCAUUACAUUUAGCCAUUGUCAAUGAGAAGAAAGAUGUAACAAGACUUCUUCUGUCUCAUGGAGCUGAUUUGAGUAAAGUUGAAAUUAGUGGAGAAUCUGCUGUGAAGAGAUCAGAAAAACGAGGAAAUCUCAAAAUGGCAUCAAUAAUUCAAGCUUCUGAAACAUUUCCUGAAGAGAUUGUGUCUCAAGGAGAGACAGCAUUGCGUAUCUAUCUGUCAAGUUGUGAUGAGGGAUCAGCAGUGGAUGUGUUUUUACGUGUUGAUGUUGUCGGCCGUGAUGGUGCCGGUAAGACGAGCUUAACAAAAUCUCUCACUCUGCAGAAGUUCAAUCGUGAUGAGCCGAGCACAAGAGGAGUGGUGUUUGAUCCAAAGUGUCAGAUUAUUGUGAAGGAAGCAUGUGACUGGACCAAGCCUCUCACAAGUGCUGACUACACAGAAAUAUAUGAGAAGAAUGUUGUGAUCAAUAUGGCAGAUACACUCGACACACCACAAGUGAAAGAUCAAUAUUUUAAGUCAAAAGAAGGUCAACGACCAAAGAGACAGAAACUCAGUCGUGUUGCAAGCAAAUCAUCAAAGCAAGACUUAAACAUACAAGCAGUCUCUGUUCCCUUUACUGAUGAUAUUGAGGUUGCCAAAAGUCAGGAAUCACAAGUUGAUUUUGUGCAGCAGUCACCCAUUCCUUCUCCUAUUAUGAAUGCAAUCGAAUCUUUGACACAGGAUUUGGAUUUACAAUCUUUCCCUGUUAUGUCUGUAGAUGACAUUGAAUCUUUACUGUAUCAUAGGGUUGAUUCAUUCCAGAUGUCACCCAUACAUUCUCCUGUUAUGAAUCCUAUGUUGAGUGUUGCUACAGCUACUAGUGAGAGGUCUGAUGAUGUCUCAUCAUUGUUGUCGGAGACACAGCAAACAAUUUCAGCAGUUUCUGAACCUCCUCAGUCGGCUGCAUCAGAUAUGCAGCAGUCACUGCAGACGCCAUUAAAUUUGUCAACAUGCAAAGAUUCUAACGUCUUUCCUCCCAACACAGCUACAGAAUGGCAAUCACCAAGUGGUACAAACAUGCAAGUUGUCUCAGCAUGUUCCACAUCACAUGAGCAGCUUGAAAAAGAUUCAAUGGAUGUAGAUAAGUCAGUUGAAGAUGAACGAGACAGUAACUCUAUUGUCACAAAUUUUGGUAGCCGUUUACCAAGCAGUCAACAAGAACAAGAACAGCAGCCUAAAAAACAAAGACUAAAGAAACGUAAAAGAAAGGCAAUUGAAUUUGAAGGCAUCAAAAUGAGUGAUGGUUCUAAGUGUCAAAACUUUUCGCAGCCCGAAAUAAAAAAAAAGACGAUGCAAUCAGUCAUAAGGAAUACUGAUGUGCUGUCAUCUGACAAUCAAGACAUGCAACAACAACAACAGCAGCAGCAGCAGCAGGAAGGAACAAAAGUUAAUAGAAAGAAGCAAACAAAAGCUUCAUCUUCACAAUCUGAAGAGACAUUGCCUCUCAAUGUUGAUGAAUCUUCAACUGAGAACACAACUACUUUACCUCGACACAUUCAAGAAAGGGUUUCUAAGAGUUUGAGAGACCCAAGCUCUCGUCAGAAAGCUAAGAAAGAAAUCAUGCUUACUGUGUUGGACUAUGCUGGUCAGAAUGUGUUCUAUGUCACACAUCAUUUGAUCAUGUCAAAAGCUGGUUUUAUGUACAUCGUGUUUAAUGCUUCUCUACCAAUGGAUGGCAAGACUCCAUGUCAGUUUCGCUCAGAAGAUGGACAAAUUAUCCACAUUCCUUUGUUUGAUAACGAAACAAACUUUGAUCGAUUGGAAGAGUGGGUAUCAGGUGUUCAUAUCAUGGAAGGUGAUCAGUCACGUCGUAUCAUGAUAUUUGAGAAAGUAGGAAUCAGAUCACCUGCCAUGUUUCUAGUAGGAACGCAUGCUGAUGAGCUAAAGGAGCAACCAGGGAUGAUGGAGAAACAGGAUGCAUUCAUAAGGAAGAAACUGGAAGGCACAGUGCUGGCAGAGCAUAUCAUCUGGGCAUCUAAAGAUGUAAUGUGUUUCUAUGUGGAUAACACAGUGACAGAUCCAGACAGUGGAUUUGUAGAUCCACAAGUGAAAUUACUUCGUCAGAAGACAGAGGAGGUGGCUCACAAGGUGGCUCAACAUCACAGAUUGCCGAUCAAAUGGCUCAAGUAUGAGCAGAAGGUACGAGAAGUGAAAGUCUCUUAUCCAACAAAGAAGACGACAACUGUUGAUGAAUUACUGCAGCUUGCCAUGAAUGCUGCUGGAAUCAAAAGUCGAGAAGAGCUGUUGGUGUUGCUGCAGUAUUUGAGUAGUCGUGCAGUGUUGAUGUAUCAUCCCAUGGCAUUGAAGAGUGGAGGUGAUGAAGAAGUCGUGUUAGAUGUGGAAUGGUUUGUAUCACAGCUGCAGAAAGUGAUCACGAUAUACAUGGAAGGUGAUGUUCCUCCCAUGUUAUGGAAUGAUGUAAAACGCAGCAAAGAGAAAGGCAUAAUGACAAUGUCUCUUGUGAGACAUCUUUUAUCAGAUGCCGGUUCUGCUCAACGUCUCAUCUUGUCACUGAUGAGGCACUAUGAUUUGCUGUGUGAGUAUUCUGUUUUGGAAGAAGAUAAUCUGAAGACAGCAAGUGAUUGCAAGGAUUUUCUUAGUCUGGAAGGAGGAAGUGAAUCACAUUGUGAAGUCAAGCGAGACGUGUUUGAGAGUAAGGCUUGCUUCAUUCCUUGUCUUCUGGAGCAUGCAGUUGGUCUUGAAUCAGAUAAGAUGAAUGAUGAGCUGAAGUCAUUGCCUCUCAUCUUGUCAUCUGCUCCCAUUCGCAUUCCUCAGCCAUUAUUCUACAGAGUACUGACUCUUCUGUGUAAACGUUUUCGUCGCUUGGCAGUUAUUUAUCACAAUGUGGGCUACUUUCACAUCUAUCCUGGUCAUCGACUGGAAUUUUCUCUCAACAGAUACAACUUUCAAAUGACUGUGUUGUCAGAGACACACGCUCCUCUCAAUGCCAAGGUGUGUGUUGCUAUUCGUGAGUGGAUUGUUGAUGUUGUUGACAAGGCAAAACAGCAAGGAAUGCCGGGAUUGAAGUUGCAGUUGGGAUUUGAAUGUGAUGUGUCUACAUCCACUUCUAACAUUGAGUUUAUCUCGUUGGAUGGAUAUCAACAUUCUCGUUUUCAGCUCUACAGCAGUGUGAUGAAACGAGAAGUUCAACCUCCUCUCAGACUUUCUCUCUGGUAUCCACAACAUGAGCUCACUGAAAGUGAAACGAUGUUAUCAUUCUAUGCUUCCUCUCAACUAUCACGGCAUAACAGUAUAAGCUAUGAUACACCAGUGGAAUCUCUCCUUGAUGAACAAACUGCAAGUUGCUUGCUAGAAGUGUCUAAACUUUUAGAUAAAGAUGAUGAUUUAAGAGACAACUGGAGGAGGUUAUGGUCUGAGCUGUUAAACAGACCUCUUAAUGAAGACGUAGUGAGGAAGAGGAGUGAGGGCCCUACUUGUUUUCUACUGAAGCAGUGGUGCAGGAUGAAACCUCCCAGUGAAGCUACAAUAGGACGGCUAAUGAAGGCUCUCAAUGCAAUAUACAGAAAUGAUGUUGCUCGUGUGCUAGAGAAACAUGGAGCUAUACUACAACAAGGUUGUAAUGCUGACGAGGUGAAACCAGAAGAGUUAAGUCGUCUUGCUAAAUGCAUAAAAGCAUGUUGGAAAGACGUUGCAUUAACUUUAGCUCCAGACCUUUUCACAGUUACAGGAGAAAUCAGUGCAAUAGAACGUGAGCAACCUGGUUCUCUAUUGGUUCAAGCUAAAACCAUGUUGGAGAUCUGGAAAAAUCAACUUGGUGUCAACGCUCAACGUUAUUCACUAAUCAAAGCAUUACUGGACUUGAGACUGAGAGUUCAGGCAAAUGAAGUAUUUGGAGAAGAUGUUGUGGGGAAGGUGGUAGCACAGCAGUGAAUGGUGCAAAACAAGUGGGAGGGUAGGAUAUACAUACACAUACAUUGUGUAAACAUCAUUCUGUAAUGACGGAUUUGCCUUUCAUCAUUUAGUAUCAACAACAGUUGCAUAAACAUUGAAAUGACUUUACUUUGGAUUUGCUGUUCAGAGCAUAAGUAUGAUGGACGCAAGUCUUGAUCAGUACGAGCAGCAACAUUCAAGGCACUAGAUGAUCUAGUGAACUGUACAUAUGUCUUAUAAUAGGGAACGUUCGUGAGGCUGCUAGUUGCAGUAAUGUAUUUAAUAUGCUAGACUUAUCAUCUAGUCAAGUGUAACUAGACUAUUGCUGUUAGUGUUUGAGUGGCACAUAUAUAGAUUGCGUUAGACCGUCUGUCAUUAGAUGGACAUGAUUGUACAUACUCAUUGAAAUCUUGUAUUAUCUCAGAAUAGAAAAUUGACAUCAUCAUUGAAUU